AUGGCCAACCCUCAGGAGCACCUGAGCUUCUCGUCUCCCCCACACUUAGCGUUGAGUGAAAACAAAACCUUCAGUGGACUACAAGAUGAACUCACCCCUGUGGGGAACCACCCCUCACCCAAGCUCCUGGAGGACCUGCAGGAAAAGGGGAUGGCUCGAACAGAGCUAAUUGAGAACAUGAGCAGCCCCAUCACCACAACAGUGUUGACAAGCGUAAGCGAGGAUUCCAGGGACCAGUUUGAGAACAGCGUCCUUCAGCUGAGGGAACAAGAUGAGUCGGAGCUGCCUGUAUCUCCAGGGGACAGCCGCGCCGUGGAUGGGGAGAACACAAGUGGGACUGAAGACAUCAAAAUUCAGUUCAGCAGGUCGGGCAGUGGCAGUGGUGGGUUUCUUGAAGGACUAUUUGGAUGCUUAAGGCCUGUAUGGAAUAUCAUUGGAAAGGCAUAUUCCACUGAUUACAAACUGCAACAGCAAGAUACUUGGGAAGUACCAUUUGAGGAGAUCUCAGAGCUGCAGUGGCUGGGUAGUGGAGCCCAAGGAGCUGUCUUCUUGGGCAAGUUCCGAGCGGAGGAGGUGGCCAUCAAGAAAGUGAGAGAACAGAAUGAGACGGAUAUCAAGCAUUUGAGGAAGUUGAAGCACCCUAACAUCAUCGCCUUCAAGGGUGUUUGUACCCAGGCCCCAUGUUAUUGCAUCAUCAUGGAAUACUGUGCCCACGGACAACUCUACGAGGUUUUGCGUGCUGGCAGGAAGAUCACACCUCGGUUGCUGGUAGACUGGUCCACAGGAAUUGCAAGUGGAAUGAAUUAUUUGCACCUCCAUAAAAUCAUCCAUCGGGAUCUCAAAUCACCUAAUGUUUUAGUGACUCACACAGAUGCAGUAAAAAUUUCAGAUUUUGGUACGUCUAAGGAACUCAGCGAUAAAAGUACCAAGAUGUCCUUCGCAGGCACAGUGGCGUGGAUGGCGCCAGAGGUGAUAAGGAAUGAACCAGUCUCUGAAAAAGUAGAUAUAUGGUCUUUUGGAGUGGUGCUUUGGGAGCUGCUGACCGGAGAGAUCCCUUACAAAGAUGUGGACUCGUCAGCCAUUAUCUGGGGUGUUGGAAGCAAUAGCCUACACCUUCCAGUUCCUUCCACUUGCCCAGAUGGAUUCAAAAUUCUUAUGAAACAGACAUGGCAGAGCAAACCUCGAAACCGGCCUUCCUUUCGGCAGACGCUUAUGCAUUUAGACAUCGCAUCUGCAGACGUACUUGCUACCCCGCAAGAAACUUACUUCAAGUCUCAGGUCAAACUGGUUCAAGAUUCCUCCUCCCCUCACCGCAUGUUCUCUCGGGAGGCCCCUCCAGCUCUGUGCAAACUGGCUUCAGGCCUGCAUGCUUUGGAUAUCCGUGAGCACUAUGAGAGAAAGCUUGAGCGAGCUAAUAAUUUAUACAUGGAACUGAGCGCCAUCAUGUUGCAGCUGGAAAUGCGGGAGAAGGAGCUCAUUAAGCGUGAGCAAGCAGUGGAGAAGAAGUACCCUGGGACCUACAAACGGCACCCUGUCCGCCCCAUAAUCCACCCCAACGCCAUGGAAAGACUCAUGAAAAGGAAAUGCACACCUCACAAACCGGGGGUACAGACCAGACGGCCAGACCUGCUGCGAUCUGAAGGUAUCCCCAGUACGGAAGUGGCUCCCAAUGCAUCCCCUUUGUCCGGAAGCCCCAAAAUGUCCACCUCAAGCAGCAAGAGCCGAUAUCGAAGCAAAGCACGCCACCGCCGGGGGAAUAGCAGAGGCAGCCACAGUGACUUUGCAGCAAUCUUGAAAAACCAGCCAGCCCAGGAGAAUUCACCCCAUCCCACUUGUGUACACCAAGCUCAGUCCCAUUGUCAUAAUCCUCUGCAGCUCCAAGACCAGCAGCCCCCUCCCACCACGUCUCAGAGCCACCAGCCCAGACUCAACAUGCACGGACAGGACAUUGCCACCUGCGCCAACGACCUGAGGUACUUUGGCCCAGCGGCAGCCCUGCGGAGCCCACUGAGCAACCAUGCUCAAAGACAGAUGCCGGGCUCUAGCCCAGACCUCAUCUCCACAGCCAUGGCAGCAGAUUGCUGGAGAAGUCCCGAGCCAGACGAGGCCUCGGGCCCCUGGGGCUGUUGUCAGGCCGACCCUUACAACCCCUGCCUCCAGUGCAGGCCGGAGCAGCGCGGGUACUUAGACACCCCCUCUGCUGAGCCAGCGGGGAGGAGCCCCGAGCUUUCCAAGUCACCAGCACACAAUCCCCUCUCGGAAAACACCCAGGGUUCUGGGAAAAUGGAAGACAGCGAAUUCAACGGCUGUAGGUCCACGUCGUCCCUCGGCACCCCACAGCACAUCACCCCCCCAGUGCUACCUCGACAAACAAGGCCCCUUCAGAAGAGUGACGACGGCUCCUCGGAAGAGGAAGAAGGGGAAGUGGACAGUGAAGUUGAGUUUCCACGAAGACAGAGGCCCCAUCGCUGUAUCAGCAGCUGCCAGUCCUAUUCAACCUUCAGCUCUGAGAAUUUCUCUGUGUCUGACGGAGAGGAGGGAAAUACCAGUGACCACUCCAACAGCCCUGAUGAGCUCGCUGGUAAACCUGAAGACCACCUGGCAGAGAAGCUGGAGGACCUGCUGUCCCAGACGCCAGAGAUCCCCAUUGAGAUUUCGUCACAUUCGGAUGGGCUCUCUGACAAGGAGUGUGCCGUCCGCCACGUGAAGACACAGAUGUCUCUGGGCAAGCUGUGUGCAGAGGAACGUGGCUAUGAGAAUCCUAUGCAGUUUGAAGAAUCGGACUGUGAGUCUUCCGAUGGUGAGUGUUCUGAUGCCACAGUCAGGACCAACAAACACUACAGCUCUGCUACGUGGUAA